GAUACUUUACCAUGUGGAGACAAAUCACUUGUGUUUGAGAGCUGCAGACCCAGGGACAGAUCUGUCAGGAGCUCUGUAAACCAGCCGUCCCUGUCCCAUCGCUCUCACCCGCCUUCACCUUCACACUCAUUGUAGCUAUGGCACUCAGGAGGCAAGUGAAGAACUUUGUGAAAAAUUACUCAGAGGCUGAAAUAAAAGUCAGGGAAGCAACUUCCAACGACCCCUGGGGUCCCUCCAGCUCCCUGAUGUUAGCUAUCAGUGACAUGACCUUCAACUCAGCCUCCCUCUCCCAGAUCAUGCACAUGCUGUGGCAGCGACUCAGUGACCAUGGCAAGAACUGGCGCCACGUGUACAAGUCCCUAGCCCUGAUGGACUACCUCAUCAAGAACGGUUCUAGGAAAGUUAUUCAGUACUGCAGAGAGGGCUUCUGUAGCCUGCAGAUGCUCAAAGACUUUCAACACAUAGACGAAGCUGGAAAAGACCAAGGUCGCUUUAUCCGGGAGAAGUCUAAUCAAGUCAUCACUCUGUUGACGGAUGAGCAGCUGCUUUGUAGAGAGCGGGAAGUGGCAGCUAGGACGAGGCAGCGGACCUCCUACUCCAUGACGUUUCCCAGCAGCUUAUCUGCCUCAGGGAACUCCCCUGCAGCAUGCGCCUCCAUCCUCAUCCCAGAAAGCCUGACCUCUGAGAAGAAGCACUCACUCCUGACAAUCGCAAGUCUGCGCAGUAAAAAAAAUGCUUCCAAGGCAAGGCUGAGGCUGGAGCAGUGCCUGGACAUCCCCUCACCUGCUGGAACCUCCCCGGCCAAGGACUCUCCUCCACUCAGGAUGAAGGCGUGGAAAUCAACAGAGGACCUAACAUUGUUGCAGGAUGAGUAUCUGAAGCAGCUUUUGCCAGUGAUACCUCCUUCCAUCACGUCUCCUGCUUCCUGGCUGUCAGAAGGGGAAGCAGAAGUCUGCAAUCUCUGGGACACAGAGGCUGUGUCUACUCCCUCAGAAAAAAGCCCAUCGAUGCAGACAAAUAUGAGUUUAGGCAAGAAAUUGGAGAAAACCAUUGCAAAUACUAUCACAGAAAGUCCCCCACAAACUCCUCUGGAAAAGCAGCCAGCUGAAAAAAGCUUUGAAACCUUGACACCGUUACAAGCAUUUUGGCCAUCAGGUAAAGAUGAGACUACCAGCGUGGGUUUGAGGAUGACCAAAUCAGAGUCCAUGUUCCACAACCAGUCCUCUGUGGAAACACUCUACGCCUCACCCUCAUUCAAAACCAUUAGCCCAGUGAAGGAGACCAGUAAGGACCUCCAGACACCUGCACAGUCCAGCAUCUGCCGGGUGGAAGAUGUGAGCCUCAAGCCUUUAGCCAUGUGGGGUGAGUGUAUCCCCCAAACAAGCCAAUGAAUCUCCACCGCCUCUGAGGCCGCAUCUUCCUUUUCUACUCUGUCCAUGUCGUCUCCUGAGCCGGCCUAUCCAGAGAAGUCAACCCAUCACUUUACCCCGGUUUUGAGCAACCCUUCCUUCUGGGCUCGGCCCCAGCCACAGUCACCUUGUGCCCCCUUCACAAACAAAAAUGAGGCAGCCAGUGUUCACCACCCUUUUGCUCCCAGGGGCACAGCAUCUUCAGAUGACGAGGAAUACCUGAAUCUUCCAGAUAACUCUGAUUCGGCUACAAAGAAGCCAGGUCACAUUCACAGCAGCAGUGGGGUAGUGUUUUCCACCCCAACUAGAGCCCACUUCCCUUUGCUGUCCUGUGCUACUUUUCAGGCAAGCGAAGGCUCCCCCUGGGACUCCGAGUCCCACUCCAUCCACACUCUUCUAGGCGAAGUGAAGAGCGCCGUGGUUCGGCUCCACGAGGACCUGAGCCUGGUGAUCCAGGAACUUGCUGUCAUCAACAGCCGCCUAGGCAACCUGAGUGGCAGCAGACCACCAGCUGCCAAGACCCUGCAGGACCUCCAGUCUUCCAGGGGGAGUCCAGACCCUAUCUAG